AUGAUGUUCCUACCCUUUUCCCCUCCCCCCUCCACCUCUCUCAUCCCUGUUUUCCUUCUGCUCCUCCUUUUCCUUCCUCCAUCCCUUGUUUCCUCUUCCCUUUCCCACACUCCAUUGAGCUGGACUUCACCACAUGACCCCUGCUACUACCUUGACGGCCGCCCACGACACUGCCUGUCAGAGUUCAUCAAUGCUGCCUAUGGCAUAUCAGUCAAUGCUAGCCACUCGCUACAAGGGUCUGACUAUGACAGCAACAUCACCACCUUGACGGACCUCCACAACCCCCACAACCUGACUUGCUGGAUGGCUCACAGAGGUUCUGACACCGGAGAAUGGGUCCUCACGCUACCUCUGGGCCGCCGCUUCGAGAUCACCUACAUAAGUUUGCAAUUCUGCCAGCAGGGGGAGCCAUCAGACCCCAUCUCCAUCUCCAUCCUCAAAUCAAUGGACUACGGGCGCACCUGGAGGCCGAUGCAGCACUACUCCAGCGACUGCCUUCGGAACUUCGGGCUUCCCUCCCGGACAGUGGCCCAGACAAGGCACCAGGAGACGGAGCCCCUCUGCUCAGACCCACGCCCCCUGCAAAAGCAGAGGGGCGGCAUGGUGCUGGCCUUCUCCACCCUGGACGGACGGCCAUCCUCUCCUGAUUUUGACCACAGUCACACCCUCCAGGACUGGGUGACUGCCACAGACAUCCGUGUGGUCUUCCACCAGGUGUCUAAAGAUGCCAAAGUGAGCAACUUGGACAAGAAGGAAGAGACACAAUGGCGUGCUGAUGCAGAAGAGGACAGAGGAACAGGGUUUCUAAGGUGGAGAUCAGGCUACAAGGGGCACACUGGAGAUCAGGUCAAGUUAAACACAGAUAAUACACUGGCAUUUUUUGACAGGGAUGCAAAAAACUCAGAGGUAAGGGGGAGGAACAAAGGUGAGAAAGUGGACAAACAUGGAAGGAGGGGACAAUAUAAAGGAUCGGGUCAAGAUGAAGAUGGACACAAUGUGACCAGCAAGGAAGGGGGCGAUAGCUUUAGCACAGACUUGUUCGCCUCUUCAAAGAAAACCGGGAAAGUCAGAGGGCGAGGCCGCAAGAAGGAAAACAAUCAUUGGCUGCCUUGCCCCAGUGAAGGUUGUAAUUGGACAGUUGAGGGGCGGAGCAGGAGCAACAAGGGCCUGGAGCUGAGGAAGAGGAGAAACAAUAAUCUCAACACCAAACAAAGCUCCAGGAAUCUGCACGUGACCCCACCCAUCGCGUUUAUCUCUGCUGUCCGAGCUCCUCUGGCCCUGUCGGACCUGCAAGUUGGCGGCAGGUGUAAAUGUAACGGGCAUGCUUCCAGGUGUCGCCGUGACGACGCAGGCCAGGCACUGUGCGUGUGCGAGCAUCACACGGCGGGGCCAGACUGCGAUGUGUGCGAGGAUUUCUACUUCGACAGACCGUGGCAUCGAGCUACACCCACGCACCCAAACCCCUGCGUUGCCUGUGAGUGCAACGGCCAUUCAAACAAGUGCCGCUUCAGCAUGGAGGUGUUUCAGCAGUCGGGCCGGCGUAGCGGAGGCGUGUGUCAAAAGUGUCGCCACCACACGGCCGGACGCCACUGCCAAUACUGCCAGAACGGUUACACCCGCGACCACAGCAAGCCGCUGAACCACCGCAAGGCCUGCCAAUCGUGUCAGUGUCAUCCUUUGGGAGCUGUGGGUCGCUGGUGUAACCAGACAUCAGGUCAGUGCUUGUGUCGAGAAGGUGUGACCGGACUCAGGUGUAACCGCUGUGCCCCGGGAUACAAACAGGGCAAGUCCCCUCUCCGGCCAUGCAUAAGAAUUCAGGAGGUCGCUCCAACCCCAGUGUACCAACCUCAAUACAGCAUAGCGGAGGAGUGUGUUUCAUACUGCCAGCCUUCUCAGGGCAAAGUCAGGAUGAACUUGGAGACUUAUUGUCUCAAAGACUACGUGCUGAAGGUGCAGGUGCGAGGGAUGGAGCGUUCAGGUCCCUGGUGGCAGUUCUCCAUCUCAGUCCAAACUGUCUUCCGCACGGGGUCCACCUCCCGCGUACGCAGGGGUCCCCACUCCCUCUGGGUCCCUGACCGUGACCUCGGCUGCGGCUGCCCGGCCCUCCACGUGGGCCGGACCUUCCUCCUGAUUGGUGCAGAGGAGGGGGAGCGGGGCUGGGGCCCUGAGGAGAGUCGCCUGGUGGCGGACCGCUCCACUCUGGCCCUCCAGUGGCGGGAACACUGGAGCCCCAAACUGAGGGGCUUCCGAGGACAGGACAAAAGGGGCCGCUGCCCACCGAAAUCCCACAACAACCAUCAAAACCAUGACCACAGGGAGCAAACAAAGCCCCAGUCUGGGUACAUCCCCCCUCACCUGCUGACUGAGAAAGACACUCAAACCUCAGAGGUGCCACACACACACUCUCACACAGACGGUGAAGUUAAAUUCACAGAGCCGACCCCCUCACCAACCACACCCGCUCUGGUGUGCUCUACUCAAGGUCCUGGAUGAAAAACAGAAACCACAAGAUUUUUUUAUCCUCCACAUCUUUGGACACUUGGCAAAAAGUGAACAACAAGAAGGAGAGGAGUGCUCUUUUUUACAGCUUUUCCUGAAUGCCUCAGGAGAAGCAGGCUUGACUUUGCUUCCCAGGUUUUGAGAAAGUUCAGAAAAACACACACACACACACACACACAAACACACUCACCUGU